AUGAAAGACAUAGCCAAAUGUGAGGAUCCAGCUUUGUUAUUUGUUGAUGAAUCAUAUAAGAGGGGUAAAGAAGUGGUUAAAUACAUAAAAAACCAUAGCUCUUGUCAAUACUUGUUCAAAACAUUUUCUGGUCUGGAUCUUCUCAAAGCAAAGAAGACUAGGUUUGGGCAUCAUUUCAUUGUUUUACAACGUCUUGUUAAAGUCAGACCUGCUUUGCUGUCCAUGGCUCUAAGCAAACAAUGGGAAAAUUUGCGAAAAAAUACAUCAUCUCCUCAUCAGCAUGACAUUGUCCACCAAACCAUUAUGGAUGAUGAUUUUUGGAGAAAAGCAAAAACAGUCCUCACCAUCACAAAACACAUUUAUAAGAUGCUUAGAUUUUCAGAUUCUGAUAAGGCUGUGAUUGGAGAGGUUUAUGAGUUGAUGGAUACUAUGUUAGGGAACAUUAAGGAUACUCUUUCAAAUGAUCCUAUUGUUUAUGAUUUGAUACAUCAAUUUGUGGUGGAAAGAUGGAAUAAGAUGAACAUUCCUUUGCAUUGUCUAGCCUAUAUUCUUGUUCCUAAGUACUACACAAAUUCUUGGUUGUCAAAAUCUGCCCCAGGUGGUGUGAGAAGAAAAAAACCUCAUUUUGAUGUUGAGGUGCAGAAGGGGUAUCUUGAGGCAAUUGAAAAAAUGAUUUGUGAUCAAACUGAAGCUGCUGUUAUAAGAAAACAAAUUAGUGAUUUUGUUAGUUGCAAAGGAGUUUUUUCACAACCUCAAGCAGUAAAUGAUAGAGCAACCAUGGAUGCACUAUCAUGGUGGAAUUUGUAUGGUGGGGCCGCACCUGAAUUAUAUUCUUUAGCAUUGAAAGUGUUGUCUCAAAGUGUAAAUACUUCUUGUGCAGAAAGGUGUUGGAGUACCUAUUCCUACAUUCAUAAUGUGAAAAGGAAUAGGUUAAAUGUUGAUCGAGCUGAAAAGUUGGUUUUUGUGCACUAUAAUCAUAGACUCUUGUCAAGGUAUAGGGAGGAUUAUGAAAAUUUUAAAAAUUGGGAUGCACAUCCAGAAGAUGCCAACAUUGAAGAGGACAUUAUGGCAAUAGAAGAAAGAGAUAAUGUAUCACUUUCAGACAGUGAAGAUGAUACUACUCUUGCAGCUUCAGUUGUUCAACCAUGUCCAACUCCAACACCAUUGCCUACAUCUUCAUCAUUGCCACUUCCUACUUCUCAAGAGCAUUCAAUGGAACAAGUAGCAGCACAAAGGAGACUUGAGAAAGCACGUGGCAAAAGACAGAAGAAGUGA